AUGUGGAAAAUAAAUAAUCCCUGUUCCCAAAGCCAAUCAUUCGUUUACCAACCCAAAGCCAAUCAUUCGUAUACCAACCCUGAGGGAAUUUCAGAAACUAUGGUUGUCGAGUGUACAAAUGCACAAUGCAAAAAAUCUGAAUUUCAGACAGUUAUAAAGUAUAUAAUUCCAAUCAACGUACAAGAUUGUACCGGAACCAUUGGAUUGACUCUUUUUGAUAGGGAAGUAAAGAGGUUGUUAAAUAUAAGUCCAUACGAGUUGAAAAAGAUACAUGAUGCGGCCGGAGACAGUGAUUCACUAUUUCCAAUGCAACUUAACGUGUUGAAAAACCGCAAGUUUGGUUUUGUUGUAGAUAUUACAGAAUACAAUGUCAACAACUAUAAUAAUAUCUACACAGUUCUCAGAGUUACAAAAGAUAUGUCCAUUAUUUCUGAAUUGGAAAGUAAAAUAGAACUUAUGACUAUUCAAUCUGUCUCCUUAAAUCAAGUUGCUUUGGAAUCAGAUGAUGUUGUACAACCUGUUCAUAAGGCUUUUGAAUUCCUUUUAUAA